AUGGAGGAGACGGGAGCGGGGACGAGAGGGAGAGAAAUGGUGGCAAAUGGAUGCCACAGAAUAGACUUGACGGUCUCAGUACUGAGCGAUGAUGGUGGUGAUGGUCACGAGGCACGUGCUUGCAGCUGUGCCGUCACACAGAGUGAAGGCACGAGGAUCGCUCCUAUCGAUAACAUACUGUCAUGCUCUUUCAGCAUGACACAAACAAAACAAAUUUAUGCCCAAGAAAGCAGUAGUUCAAAUGGAUAG